AUGAAAAUUGGCUGCGUUAUGAUGAGUCUCGCGGACUUUCGAAACGCCUCUGCUGAUUCUGCUGAUGACAUUUACGAGGGCCAAGGGACAAAAUCAGUGUGCUUGCAAAUAAAACAGCAUGGUUGCCAUUCGACAUUGUCCGCAACAACAACCGCACUUUUUGGAGUAGACCUCGUCUGUAAAGGCAUUCCGGAUCAGAAACACCAGCGCAGAACCGGAUUCGGACCCCGGGUGUCGCACUUUGCCGGCGUCGACGACGGCGUCCAACACCACCUCGAGACCAAAGUCGCCGCCGUGUUCAACAAAGUGGCCUUCAGGAAUCCCUCGACGACGACGACGACGACGACGAAGACGACGUCCAGCAGGUCCGUCAUCGACACGAAUUACUCCUUGCCGUCCCACAUCAUCGUCGACAUCACUCCCACGGCUGCCCCGUCGUCGUCAGUGUCGGAGAUGUUUGCCUUUUCCCGGCAAAAUAUCACGGGACUCGUCACGACGACCCCCCGGAGGUUGAAUGGUUCUGUUCCAACCGGAGAUCCGGCGAAGAAACGGAACCGGAACAAACCCAAAAAGCAGAAACCUUUCGUCAUUGCUGUGGGUGUCGCGACGGAAAGUCCGACACUCGAAAAACUCGGCGACAACAGCCGCCAAAUCCUCUUUGGGUCAUCCACGCCUCGCUCAAGCUCCUUUUCGUCCACAACAAUUGCUGCAGCAGCAAAAAAAACAACGACGCCGCCGACGACGACGACGACGACAACAACAAGUACUACUACUACUACAGAGACACCGACGACGGCGACAGCUAAAAAGUCCGUCAUGCAACUGACGCCAGAUCAAAUUACUCCCAACGACUCGUCUUUCCUCCCCGACGAUUUGUUAUUGGUGAAAAACUCGACGACGGAGUUUCCAAAGGAACUCUUUUCCCGUCUGGACUCGGCUUGGGACGCCCACGUGUACACCUUCAUGGCCCUGUUUCUCCUCCUGGCCUUUUUGUGCGUCGUUUUCGCGGCCAGACUCGCGUCCAAACAGCCCACGGCCCUGUCCAAGGGCUACAACGUGUCCAUGCUCAUUUUCGUCACGACUCUGGCAGUGACUCAGUCCGUGUCACUUUUCGCCGAAUUCUACGGGGCGCAGGUGUUCAAACCUGAGCUGAUCCCGGCCAUGGCAACCCUGUCGUUGCCGUGUCUCACGUCCAGCUUCGCAGUCCUGUUCCUGGCUCUUCUGGACGCAACCCGGCUGCAAAUCAUGAGUCCCUACGUGCAGAACCCCGUGUCCAUGGCCGGCGUCAUAGUCCUGCACUUUCUCCUGAGUGUGAGCAGUGUCAUGACCCUGGGCGACUCCAUGAUGGGCAAGUUCGUGUUCCUCCUGGGCCAGAUUGUGUUUGUGACCUGGGCCCUGGGGCUCGCGUUCGGGUACUUGUACGGGUCCAGGGCCAUGGUGCGAAUGGCACGGACUCUCAGGCUGCAGGAAGCCAUUGCCGGCGGCGACGGCAAGUACGCACCCAACCUCCUGGGCCCGAUCCGUGUCGGGUUCCUCGUCGGGGCCCUGGUGUCUCUCACAGCCAUCGUGGUCGUGUACACGAUGGUGCUGUCGGUGCUGGACAAGCAGCAGCACCACCACCACCAACACCAGCAGCACGAUGGAUCGACGACGACGAGGAACAGCCCCUGGCCCUGGUGGCCCACGCACAUCGUGCUGCGCAGCGUGGAAGUCGUGUUCGGCUUCCUGGUGCUGUUUGUGGCCCGAAUGCCGCGACGAUUCGACAGUGGCGGCCAUCACCACCACCACCAUCAGCAGCAUUUGAGCGGCACCGCCAGUAAAUCCCAUCAUCAGCAUCCGAGCAGCAGCUGUCGAAACACGCUGUCGACGUGUCUGUCGUCUUGGCGACGAGCGCAUCGCUACAGGAACGGCGUCAGCGACGUGACAGCUGUGUGGCAGACGCACAACAGAGGCGUCGUCGGCAGUGGCCGCGAUGAUGACGAUGACGAUGACGAAACCGAGGACCUGUACCCGACCUACUGCAAUUCCAACCAGGCCGUGAAGAACUUUGAGAGGACCAACGGAAGACCCGUUUACUCGGAUGCCCUGACCGUCGGGAAUUUGCACACGUCGCAAACGUCGCCGAUCGUCGUGACAGCCGACAACCUGAGCUCCAGAAACAGCAGCGUGUUCGACAUUGACAAACACGUGAGUGCGUGCAGUUCGGAAAGUGCAGCAGCGUCAUCUUUCGACGUGCACAUGUUCCUCGAUGAAACCAUGAGUCAUGAAGAGGAGGAGGAGGAGGAGGACGACGUGUUCCCCGAGUGCGAUAUUCCCGAGCCGGUUCUGGACUCGGAAAUGUUCCUGCAACAUCAAGCGACAUCUUUGUCAUCGCCGUCUUACAACUCGCUGCCGAGUCUGGAAGUGGCGAGUCUGAUGGCGCUGCAAGACCGCCUCGGCGGCGGAUACGCCGCAGAGAACUGCAACAAGAAUAAUGUGAGGAAAAACAAUAAUGCGCGACUCGCGGCGCCACCGACGAGUUUUCGGACAAGGCGACAUCUUUCGGCGGCGGCGGCGGCAGCAGUAGGCGGAGAUGGAGCAUAUCAUCCGUCAGCAUACGCUGCCAACAACAGCAGUAGGCAGCAGUUUGUUGCUGCUGCGAGACAUUCGAGAGGCACUUGGUGCGACGAUUCGUUCGACGUGCCAGUGGUGUCGAAUGGAUUCCAUCAGGACCUCGUGUUGUCACCUCGACAGCGACAGCAGCACCAGUUGCUGUCAUCAGCAUGUAAUUACGACUCAUCCGCAGACAGUGGCAAAAGCCUGGAGCUGCUGGACUCGGUCAACAGGGACUGCGAGGAUUACGGCGAGUCAGACGUGGAUGUCAACCCCAACAUCCUGAAAGCCAGGAUCCUGAAAGUGUGUGAUAACAUUAGGCAAUUUAGUGAUCAGCCCGCGUUGAAUCAAUCCAGCAGUGUCGAGAGUGCUUUUUGA